AUGAUGAGUGUUUUCAAGCUCCCUGAUUCACUAUGUGAUGAGUUAACUAGAAUGAUUCAGAGAUUUUGGUGGGGCCAAAAGGAGGGAAAAAAUAAAAUGGCAUGGUUGAGCUGGGAAAAAAUGUGUGCACUAAAAGACAAAGGAUGGUUGGGAUUCAGAGAUCUCAAAGCUUUCAACUUAGCUCUUUUAGCUAAGCAAGGAUGGCGACUACAGAUGAACUUUCAUUCUUUGGUUCAUAGAGUACUUAAAGCCCGUUACUUUCCAGAAACAGAUUUCUUACAUGUAGAGUUGGCUAUAAAACCAUCAUUCGCUUGGCAAAGCAUCUUGGCCGCUCAACCUGUUGUGAAUUCGGGUUACCGUUGGCAGGUAGGAGAUGGCAAAUCCAUUGACAUUUGGACUGACAAUUGGCUUUCAAGGCCUUCCACUUUUCAGGUCCUAACACCUCCUGCCCAACUUCCAGCAAAUACAAGGGUAGAGUCUCUCAUUGACCAAGAGAAUGGGGAUUGA